AAAUGUUUUAAAAAUAAACUUGUUUUAUAUUAUGUUAAAAUCUGAAGUAUUUAAACAAAAUACAUUCUUGUAUUUUGCAUAUGGCAGCAACAUAUGGACCUUUAGAAUUCAUAUGAACAAUCCAACAGCAGAGUUUGUUUCUAUAGGCCGACUUGAUAAUUACAGACUUGAUUUCAUUAAAUAUUCAAAAUUUUGGGGUGGUCCAACAGCCACUCCAGUACCAACAGCCAAUGCCCAUAUUUGGGGAGUAAUCUGGCGAUUGCACACUGAUAAUAAAGCUUCUCUUGAUAAGCAAGAAGGUGUGGAUAAAAAUAUUUAUUACUCUAAGUAUGUCAAUAUUUUAACGCCUUACAUUGGAAUUUUAAAGUGCCUCGUGUAUGAGCACUUGGUUAUACCGUUGCCAAGAGGAGAUAACGAUGAGAUACCCAUAGAGCGAUGGCCUUCGUGGACUUAUAAGGAAGUUAUUGUCAUGGGCGCUGAAGAACAUAAACUACCUGAGCAUUAUAUAAACGAUUUAAAGAAAAUUAAACAUAACGGCGAACAAGGCUGUUUCUUCAUGGCGUGCCUUUUGAGAUGUUAUGGUACUCAGAAGCCUUGUCAGUGUAGGGUGCCUGGUAGGAUACCACGAAAGCCCCUGAAGCUAGAUUUAAGAGAACUGAGAGCGAAAAAAUAAAAAAAACUGGCUCGAUUCUAUGCACACGCGCAGCGUGGGCUCCCGCACCAGGGACAAAAGCGGUACGGCAAGAUUGCCGCCGGUGCGGGAGACACGCUGAGCAUAGCCGCAUCGCUGGAUGAACAAAGUUUCUGGAUCAGCAGUGAAAUUGUUAACUAG